CAAGCCCUUGAGAUUUGGUUCCAUUGUAGAGAUCAUGGGUUCAGUUGAAGCCAAAAAACCCCAUGCAGUGUCUUCCAUUCCCAGCACAAGGGCAUGUCACCCCCAUGAUGAGAUUAGCAAAGCUCCUACACUCAAGGGGUUUCCACAUAACCUUUGUCAAUACCGAGUUCAACCACAUGCGACUAAUCCGGUCCAAAGGACCCGACUACAUAAAGGGGCUACCGGAUUUCCGGUUUGAAACUAUACCGGAUGGGUUGCCGCCGUCCGACCGUGAUGCAACACAAGAUGUCCCUGCCCUAUGUGAUUCCACAAGAAAGAAUUGUUUGGCCCCGUUUAAAGAGCUUGUGAUUAAGCUUAACUCAUUGUCUAAUCAAGUGCCUCGAGUCACUUGUAUUGUUUCGGAUGUGCUUAUGGGUUUUGGUCGUGAAGCUGGAAAACAGCUAGGCAUCCCGGAGGUUCAAUUUUGGCCUGCUUCAGCUUGUGGUUUCAUGGCAUGCUUGAAUUUCGAAGAACUCAUCAAAAGAGGCAUUAUUCCAUUCAAAGAUGAAAGCUUCAAAGAUGAUGGCACACUUGACACACCAAUUGACUGGAUUCCGGGCAUGAAAAACAUGCGGCUUAAGGACCUUCCUACAUUCAUUAGAAUCACUGAUACUAAUGAAAUCAUGUUCGAUUUUGUGAGAUCAGAAACACAGAAUUGCUUGAAUUCUUCUGCAAUCGUUUUCAACACAUUUGAUGAGUUUGAAUACGAAGUCAACCAUAAUGUAAAACGUGAUGAGAUUGAAGCACUUAUUAAAGAAGGAAUGGAUGGAAAUAAGGGGAAGGCAAUGAAGCAAAAGGCACUAGAAUGGAAAAAGAAAGCAGUGGAAACUACUGAUAUUGGAGGUUCAUCUUUCAAGAAUUUUGAAAAGUUAAUUAAGGAGGUUCUCUAUGGUCCAUAUGGCAACUAA